AUGGGGGAAAGACGUGUGCGUUACCAGACCGCGGAUUACUCUUUCAUGCUAACUUCAAGUUUGAACUCACCGAAUGCAGCUAAGCUUAUUUCUGCAAUUGCUGCCCUUUUGCACAACCAGAUCGAUGCUGACGUGAAAAAGCCAAGAAGUGAAAAUCCAGAAUUUAUGGUCUUUGACGAAGACAUGUAUCUCGAAGGUACUGACGCGGGUCAAGAGAAGCUACACACCUGCCCAACAGUAGAGGAAAUAGUUGACUUCUUUUCGGCUCUUUAUGAUGCUGCUCAGUACUCAGCGGAAUGCAACGUUCUGGCCCUUUUGUACAUCAACAGACUCAUAGCCUUCUCGGGUUUAACGCUCAACAAAUCGAAUUGGCGCCCAAUAAUUUUCACUGCUCUACUUAUUGCACAGAAGGUGUGGGAUGACAAGCUGUUAUCUAACGCUUCUUUCGCUUUUAUAUAUCCGUUCUUCACUCGGGAGGAGAUAAACAAACUCGAGGCAACUUUCUUAGAUCUACUGCAUUUCGAGGUGGUCGUAAGGCCGUCCAUCUAUGCCAUGUACUAUUUCGAACUCCGAGCGGUACACGAGAACCCAGCCAAUUUUCUCGAGCCACUUUCUUCCGAGUCUGCUCUUGCACUUGAGGAAAGAUCUCGCCGCUUCCAACAAACGGCACAUCAGCAGUUCUUGGAAUGCAAAUCCAUGACGAUGAUCUAA